UGUGUAAAGAGUGGAAAAACGUUCUUGAUAAUCAUGUUUUUUGGGAAAAUCUAAUCGAACAUCUUGAAUUUGAAGGUCCAAACCCAAAAUCAAAGAAAUAUAAAACAUAUAAAUCGAUUUUUGUUAAAAAUGUUAACAAAUUAUGUUGGUGUAAAAAAAAUAUUGGUGAAGUUAAUCGAGAUUUAAAAAAAAUUGAAACUAAACUUAGUGUUUUAUAUGAUUUUUAUCUUGAUCGUUUAGGGUUUUACAAAUCUUGGGUCGAAAUGAAGUAUACUAGAUCUGAAAUUUAUUAUAAUUUAUGUAAUUAUAUGGGUGAAAAAAUUUUUAAUAUUUAUAAUCAAUGUGAAUAUAAAAAACGUUGUAAUUUAUGUAAUAAUCAACAAAAUAUUUUAAAACAAAUUCAAAAACUUAUUGAUAAUAUUUAUGAGAAAAAAAAUAGCAUAAAAAAAAUCAACAAGUUUGUAGUAUCUGAUUUAAUUGAAGUA